AUGACUCUGUGGUCAACAAAGCUUAUCCACGGUGGAGUGCGGUACCUACAGAAAGCCAUCCUGGGUCUUGACCUCGAGCAAUACAAGAUGGUCAAGGAAGCUUUACAUGAACGCGCCAAUUUACUGGACAUCGCUCCGCAUUUAUCGUACCCGCUGCCCAUUAUGUUGCCCGUGUAUAAAUGGUGGCAGCUGCCGUAUUUUUGGGCCGGCAUUAAAAUGUACGACUUGGUCGCAGGCAGCAAGUGCGUCAAAUCAUCGUAUGCUAUUUCCAAAGCAAAGGCUCUUGAAUUAUUCCCUAUGCUUAAAAGCGACAAGCUUGUGGGCGCAAUUGUUUACUACGAUGGCCAACACAACGAUGCUAGGAUGAAUUUAUCCAUCGCCCUCACGGCCACGAGGUUGGGGGCCAUCACCACUAACUACACAUCUGUCGUGAAGCUCCUGAAGAAGUCCGUCGUGAACCCCGACGGCUCGACAGAUGAGAAGAUCUGCGGCGCACGAUGUCGUGACGAGACCUCAGGCAGGGAGUUCGGUGUCAGGGCCAAAUGUGUCAUCAAUGCCACAGGACCCUUCACGGACGAGCUGCGCCAGAUGGACGACGCGACCCUGAAGACCAUCUGCGCCCCGUCCAUGGGGGUCCAU